CUUCUAUAAAUAUACACUUCAUGCUUUGCUUCAUGAGUGCCAAAAGAAGCGACUUGAAGCUUUUGGGUGGAUGGUUCAGUCCAUUUGUGACAAGGGUGAAGAUUGCACUUAACAUUAAAGGAUUGGAAUAUGAGAACAUUGAAGAGGACUUGAACUCCAAAAGUGAUCUUCUUCUUCGUUCCAAUCCUGUGCACAAGAAAAUUCCAGUUCUAAUUCAUGGUGACAAACCCAUAUGUGAAUCCUCAAUCAUACUUCAAUAUAUUGAUGAGGUUUGGUCCAAUGGUCCUUCUAUCCUUCCUCAAGAUGCUUAUGACAGAGCAAUUGCUACAUUCUGGGUUUCAUACAUUGAUGAUAAGUUAUUUGUUUGCAUGUGGAACAUUCUAAUGGCUUUUGAAGAUGAAGAGGAAAGGAAGCCACACUUUGAGCAAUUGGAGGAAGAAGUGCUUGUGACGUUGGAAGUGGCAUUCAACAAAUGCAGUGAAGGAAAGCCCUUCUUUGGAGGGAACGACGUUGGAUUCAUUGACAUUGCCCUUGGGAGCUUCUUGCCUUUUCUAUAUGUGUUAGAAAAGAUGAAUGGAAAGAAGGUCCUCACCGUCGACAAGUUUCCAGAGUUAGAGAAUUGGACUACAAAUUUUAUUGCGAAUUCAGUUGUGAUUGAAACUCUUCCAGAGAUUGAUGACAAGCUUGUUUUGUUUUGUAAGGCUUUUCGACGUAAAUGGGUUACUGCUAAAGCUGCUGCCAAGUAA